UAAAUCUGGGGCACCAUACUUUUUUUUUUUUUCCAAAGUUGUUAAGAAGAAUUAUAUCAGUCUGCAGGUGUCACACGCAGUUACUCAGAAUCAGAAAGAAGGCUGAUCGGAGGUUAGAAGAUCUCUCUAUCUUUUUGCAACCAACCACGUCCAUUCUGUUUAUUUAAUACUUCCUCUUGCUAAUGAAGCAAGUGCGGAGGCAAGACACCUCAAAGCAGAGAUGGGGAGUGAGAGAGCCCUGGUCCUGGACAGAUUAGCCAGCAAUGUGGCCAAGCGAAAAAGCUCCAUGCCUCAGAAGUUCAUCGGUGAGAAGCGCCACUGCUUUGAUGUCAACUAUAAUCCCAGCUAUAUGUACGAGAAAGAGAGUGAGAUAAUACAAACCCGGAUGAUGGACCAAGCCAUCAAUAAUGCCAUCAGCUAUCUUGGUGCCGAGGCACUGCGCCCCUUAGUCCAGACGCCGCCUGCUCCCACCUCAGAGAUGGUCCCUGUUAUCAGCAGCAUAUAUCCCAUAGCCCUUACCCGUGCAGAGAUGCCGAAUGGUGCUGCGCAGGACCUGGAAAAGAAACAGAUCCACCUGCCAGAGAAGAGCCUACCUACUGAAAGAGGCCUCUCCCCCAACAACAGUGGCCAUGACUCCACAGACACUGACAGCAACCAUGAAGAACGCCAGAAUCACAUCUACCAGCAAAAUCACCUGGUCCCUCCUCGGGCCCGCAAUGGGAUACCACUUCUGAAAGAGAUACCCCGCUCUUAUGAACUCCUCAAGCCCCCACCCAACUGCCCACGAGACUCCAUCAAAGUGAUCAACAAAGAAGGGGAGAUGAUGGAUGUGUAUCGGUGUGACCACUGUCGAGUCCUCUUUCUGGAUUAUGUGAUGUUCACCAUUCACAUGGGUUGCCACGGCUUUCGUGAUCCUUUUGAGUGUAACAUGUGUGGGUAUCGAAGCCAUGAUCGGUAUGAGUUUUCAUCUCAUAUAGCCCGAGGAGAACACAGAGCCAUGCUGAAGUGAACAUCUGGCCCCAGAGAUGAUUCACGCCUGAGCAUUCCACAUUGUUUUUAAAAACCGAUACCCCUACCUAACAAAUCACUCUCAAAACAAACUCAGUUCCAGACUCUCUUUCGUACCAUUUUCAGUAUCCAGAGGGUCAUGCUCACGUGGGCAACAGAGAAACACUGUCUCCAUUCAGAAGUUGCAGAUAAUGCCAAUGUUACUACUUUUGUGAAACCUUUGUUUUCCCAUCAGGGACAUGAAUUUUAUGAUAUUUAAAAACCAGAGAAGUAUUUGGUCACUUUCUUUUGCAUCAAUAGGACAGGCAUACCAUGGAGUUUGUUGCCAAUUGGAAGAGUCCCCCCGUAGUGCUGCAUGAAACGCUCUUGUCAGCCAAGAGUGCCAAAAGGCCAUGAGCCCAGGUCCACACAGAAGAGCUGGCCAGUGACCUUAUGGGAAGUCUUGUCCUUCUGCAUUUAACAAAAGGCCGAGAGUUAGCAUCUAAUCUCCCCAUCCCAAUUAGAGUCUAAUAGCAUGGAAAUGACUAUCCACAAAAUAACUGUCUGUUAUCAAUAACUGAAGACUCAGAUUGGAACAUCAGAUCCUUUUCUUAUCACAUAAGCAAAAAAAACAAAAA